AAGACGUAUGUCCCUCCUCAGACACCGUAGUCAAUGCAUGGUCCUCAGGGAUCAUGUUGAAGGUGACAGGUAGUGCAAUGCCAGGAGCUGUGAGUUUGUUGCCGAUCACCGUCUUUGCUGCUGCCGUUGACGGGGAGACAGAGCCACCCGGCCCUUUACUCCGGGAUGAGCUGUCUUUGUACACCGCUCCUCCGCAGAAGUCUCAGUAUGUGGAGCCCGAAGCGGGUCAGCUGGAGCAAAGUGUCGCCACCAUCAGGAAGUCAACAGAGCCAUACACGGAGUGGUGUCAGGGCACCUAUAACAAAAUUAAACCCAGAGUUCAAAGUGUUGUCAAGUGUGGGAAUGACACCUACGCCUACUUGAAGAAUCCCCCGAAGGACUUCUAUCCCCGGGCAGGAGUUAUUGGCUUCACCGGUGUCCUGGGACUGUUUCUUGCCAGAGGAUCCCGGCUUAAAAAGUUCUUCUACCCGGUGGGCCUGAUGACCGUGAGCGCCUCCCUCUACUACCCGGAACAGGCUGCGGCCAUCGCAAAGUCGAGCGGAGACUCCGUGUACGAGCGCGCGGUGCAGAGCUACGCAGCCCUGGAGAAGAUGGUGAUGCAUCGGAGCAAAGCUGAAAAAGGCAACGACUCGGAAACUAAACCCUGAGGAUCCCAGUGUGAUUCCGCAACUCAGCAAUUAGAAAUCAGCCUUUUCCUGAUACUGUAGAUUGACAUGCGCUACCUAGACAGUACUAAUCUGUGUGACUUCCUCAUGCUUACUUUUUGCACUAAGCGUCAAAUGUAACUCAGGCCCGGGCAUGGCCUGUCACAGGGGGUUUGCAAGUUGAAUGAUUUACCUCCGCUUCUGAUUUGAAUGUAUAUUUAUAUAGACAAUUAAAAGUCAACUGUCUUCCAUUAAAGUCUUCAGACGUGUUGGUUUUAGA